CCGGAAGCCGGCUUGAAGAGUAAGACAGAGAAGUAGCGGGUGUCAGUGGGUCUGGGUCCCCGGCCCCGCUUUACCAGUGAGGAGCUUUGCAGCUUUGGUAGGUGGCCGUUGCCAUGGACGGCCCAGGGGAGCCUGGUGGCUAACCGAGGGCCGGCGCUUCAAGUGGGCCAUUGAACUGAGCGGGCCUGGAGGAGGCAGCAGGAGCCGAAGUGACCGGGGCGGUGGCCAGGGAGACUCGCUGUACCCUGUUGGCUACUUGGACAAGCAAGUGCCUGAUACCAGCGUGCAGGAGACAGACCGGAUUCUGGUGGAGAAGCGCUGCUGGGAUAUCGCCUUGGGUCCCCUCAAACAGAUUCCCAUGAACCUCUUCAUCAUGUACAUGGCAGGCAAUACUAUCUCCAUCUUCCCUACUAUGAUGGUGUGUAUGAUGGCUUGGCGGCCCAUUCAGGCACUUAUGGCCAUUUCAGCCACUUUCAAGAUGCUAGAAAGUUCAAGUCAGAAGUUUCUGCAGGGUUUGGUAUAUCUCAUUGGAAACCUCAUGGGUUUGGCACUGGCUGUUUAUAAGUGCCAGUCAAUGGGACUGUUGCCUACACAUGCAUCAGAUUGGUUAGCCUUCAUUGAGCCCCCUGAGAGGAUGGAGUUCAGUGGUGGAGGACUGCUUCUGUGAACCUGAGAAAGAAGUACCUGGUGCCUUUGUAUCAGGAUCCCAUUUACAACCUUUUCAUGUCCAGUGGCUCCUCCUUCACAUACUUACUCUUCACAUGAUCACUCAUGCCAACAAGAACCCAAAGCUCUCUUUUCUCCAUGGUGAGGCCCAGAAAGACAAGUAUGUAUCACUACACACACAAACCAUACUACAACCCUUGACUGAAAAUAAUGUAGAAAACUUUAUUUAUGUUUCCAGUACAGAGCAAAACAACAAAUAAAACUGUAACUCUAUGUAAACAAAAGAAUGGCCGCUGCUAAAUCGAGAACCACAGCAGCAGCUCCUUUCAAUAAAUUAAAUGGUCGAGAACAAUGCUUAAAAAAAAGUUGCACAAGUUUCCCUUAAAUCUAUUUUCCUUAAUAUUUCACUUCUAUUUAACACAAGCUGGAACAUAAAAAUUCUGUUGGAGACACUUGUGGAAGAUGUAAGAAACUAAUGCUGGAUUCAGAUUAUACAUGAUGAAAAGAAAAAUAAACCAGACAAAAAGGGCACGUAAAUAUGCUUACAGUGUAAUCGCUACUUUAAUAUCCACAAUAAUGGAUUUUAACACAUGUAGGGGGCGUGAGGAUUGGCGGGAUAGUCGGGGCCACAGCCAUCUGAGGCAAAGGAAGAUACACAGUAAUGAUCUUUCCCCUGCCAAGAGGAACCUGGCAUCUGUCAAGCAGAUGCUGCAAUUCAAACCUCAGCUUUUAAGAUAGCUUUAGAAGGCAGAGGGCCAGCAUCUGGAGAAUGGAUAUUGUCAUAAUCUGCCCUGGUAAAUCAUAGCUGAGACUUAAAAGCUGAAUCUUACUCAAAAGGCAGGAAGAGGUCUUUCCUUUCUCUUCCUUCUUGAAACAUAAAAGCCCCUUCCCCUAAGGUGCAUUCUCUUAUCAAGUUUUCAGUAUUGCUUUAUUUGCAGUGAUUAGAAGAGACAAGACACUUUGCAGACAAACAACAUAAGCAACACACGGACAUGAAAUGCUCUAGACGGAGAUGAGUUUAAAUCUGGCCUAAUAACCAUUUUCCCACAUAAUGGUGAUUGUAUGUUUUAAGGGCUGAAGUAGCGGCUGUUAUUAGUAGCCACUAACUCCGUUAUCCCUUUUAAAAGAUUCUUAUAGAGCUCCAACCACAAAAAGCUCUUCUAAAACCUUGUUUUCUGCCCAUAUUUUUUCUAUAUGGAAAAAAAAAA